AUGGCGAAUGGUGGACAGAUAACAAUCCGACUUUCUGGUGUCGAAUCAGUAGAACGACAUCGUAGAGAAGCUGGCGCUGCUUGGCAACAUACUCAUGUGAACGGAUCAAGAACACUAUCAACUGAGAAUGAUGCUAAAUCAUAUAUUGACACAUUAUCACCUGCAUGGGAUUUGAGUUCAAGUGUAACGGGUAGAAUUUUCAUUGCUGAUAUAAAAGCUCAAUGUACAGUUGUGGGUUCUGGUGCAAUUGAUCAUGUUCAUGUUGAAUUUAAUGAAGGAACACAAACAGGAACCGGCAAAUAUAUUUUAGUCGCUAUUCAUGUAGAUAACUUUAAACGAAUAACAAUUAGCUAUACCUAUCACGAGGUUAGUGAUAGGUUGAAACCUAAUUGGGUUUAUACACAAUAUGCUACUGGUGCUGUGACAGAUUGGUUAAAAUCAAAAGCAGUAAAAAAUCUGCAAGGAAUGGUACCAUCAAGCCAUCGGCCAUCUAUAACAUAUGUAUAA